AUGUGGGAUACCUUACAGGGGCUCUCGACAUACAUCCGUGCAAUGUUGUCUACUCAAAUCUACAUCUUCUUCCCGAACGAGCCCAAGCCCGGCGUGAAGACGGUCAAGAGCUACACCGAAAAGAUGAAGCAGGAGAACGUGUACAAUGGCGUACUCGUUGUGCAGCAGGCGCUGACCGCCUUUUCCCGCAACUUGCUGCUCGGGUUAUCGCAGGAGAAAUUGCAGCUCGAGGUCUUCCAGGAAGGGGAGCUUCUUAUAAACAUUAAGAAUCACGAUCUGGUUCCUCAGCACGUGCUCCUCACAAAGGAGCAGAAGAAGACGCUGUUGGAGAAAUUCACUUUGAAAGAAACUCAGGUCAUACAAAUUUGCGAACCCUUUGCCCACUGUAACCGACCUGAUAUUCUAAUCGAUGCAAGCAUGUCAUAA